AUGUUGACGGCCAUGAACGGUCCCACAACUCUGGGUUCAAAAGCUGCUCAACGUCAGCACUGUUACCUUUGUGAUCUUCCUAGAUGGCCAUGGGCUAUGUGUACGGAUUAUAUCGAACCAGUAUGUCGUGGAUGUGUCAAUUACGAAGGAGCUGAUAGAAUAGAGAAUGUUAUUGAAAAUGCCAGACAGAUGAAACGCGUACACGGAUUCCCCAUAGCAGAAAUGACAAAUAGAUCUGUUAAGUCUGAGAGUACCACAUCCAUAAAUACUUCCACAGGUAGACAUUCUCCACCUAGAAUAACUGUGCCAACCACUCAACAUACAACUCUUCCAGCUCUACAAUCAACCAUGAAUCAUUUAGAGGCUUUUGCCCAACAACAGCGCUUACUUGCAUUAGCAGCCCAGCGUCCUCAACCUCAACUUACUGUUGAAGAUAUAGCUUUAAUCCAACAACAAAUGCGUAAUCAGCUACCUAGCCAAUUACUCCAUCCAGAUGCCCUCUCUUCCGUUCAACUGGGGUUUCCUGGCUUGGUGAACGGAAUAAUUCCAGGCUUGGCUGCCACUACAGCCUCUUUGACGGCUCCCAACACCAGAAAGCGUGAACAUGAUGAUGAUCUGAAGCCUGAUUUAUAUACGAAAGUGCAAAGAGGAGAUGCUCAGACCACUUCUGUAUCACCUACAUCAACCAACAGCCCCGAUCAUCCAAACAGUGUUGAUCGAAGAAGAUUCACUGCUAGUAGCAAUGAUCGUAUUCUUCGUUGUACAAUUUGUCAAGAAAGACUGGAAGAUACUCAUUUUGUGCAAUGUCCUUCUGUGAAUGGACACAAGUUCUGCUUUCCCUGUUCUAGAGAUUCUAUCAAAAAGCAAUGUAAUGGACAGGAUCUAUACUGCCCAUCUGGAGAGAAAUGCCCUUUAGUCAGCUCAGCAAUGCCUUGGGCUUUCAUGCAAACAGAAAUUGCAACCAUCUUAGGAGAAGAAUAUGACGACUUCAAGAGACAACGUGAAGCUGCUGGUCUCAGCUCAUCAAGCACUAACAGCUCAGCUCAACAGCCCACACAAAGUUCUCAGACGAACGCCCAACAGUCAUCGCCGGCUUCGACCACAACUUCGAAUACUUCUUCCUCUUCUGUGGCAACAACUCCUAACAUGAUUGCCAACUAA